AUGCCUGCUGAUAUUAGGAGCUUCUUUGGUGGCAAGUCCAGUCAGGGCUCGAAUGCUUCUCCCGCAAAACCACCAGCAAAGAAAGAAGAUGCCUCUGCCGCUCGAAAGAAGCGAAGCAGGAAGAUUGUCGACGAUAGUGAGGACGAAGAGGACGUGAUUCCCAAGCCUUCCGCUCCGAAGGGUAAGGCGCCCAGCAAACCUAAACCCGUCGAGUCCAAGGGGGAGCCGACAACCACAUCGGACUAUUUCGGAUCCUCUAAGAAGAGAGGCAGGCCUACCAAAAGCGACGUUGCAAUCAAGGUACAGGAACCCGAGCCUUCUGAUCAGACGCCAGCUACCAGUCGCCGGACCGAAGCACCUCCAGAAACGAAGGACAGCAAAGAAUUGGAGCAGCCACCAAAAGGACGCUCUCGCAGGGCCGCCAAGAGAAGCGUUGUCGUUCUUGAAGACGCCGACGAGGGAUUAGGAGACGAUGACAUUCACGCGACAGAGUACCGGAAACCCGGAAAAUAUGACGAUGAUUAUGUGGAGGAGGAUGAUCACAACCAGGGCGAUAGUGACUUCGAGGAAAUGGCGAUCAAACCGGCGAGCGUAGCAGCCGGCAAGCCAUCACGAAGAAAGAAGGAUACUACGCCUGAGUCAGAAGACGUGGCCAUGGAAGACGCACCCAUCGAACCGGCGAAAAGUUCGCGUACAGCCAGGAAACGAAAGUCGGAGGCCGUUGAUCGGGAUGAAGACUACGAGGUUGCGAAACCCAUCAAAGGGGCAGCCGGAAGAAAGACAAACGCUUCGGCUCCUGCUACCAAGAAGGCCAGAGGAUCCGCUGCCCAAAAAGAUCAACCGGAAAGUAAAGAGAUUCAGGAUAUUUUUGACAGUAUCCCAACAGUGAAACCCCCUUCUCCACCACCACCAACGGGUGAGAAGGCGAAAUUCAACUUUGCUGCUACACAAAGGUCAAGGGAUCCUGUAGGGGGCGGGAGCACAGAAUUACCUGUUGGGGCAGAAAAUUGCCUGGCAGGGUUAUCCUUUGUCUUUACAGGGGUUCUUGAUACUCUUGGCCGGGAUGAAGGACAGGCCUUGGUCAAGAAAUAUGGUGGCAAAGUCACUACAGCUCCAAGCUCAAAGACAAGUUAUGUUGUUCUGGGGAGCGAUGCUGGCCCCAAGAAGCUCAAGACAAUUCAAGAUCACAAACUGAAAACCAUCAAUGAAGAAGGCCUCUUUGAACUGAUCCGGCGACUUCCAGCCAAUGGCGGAGACUCUAAGGCGGCUGAGAAACAUGCGGCCAAGAAAAAGGUCGAAGAGGAGAAGAUCAAAGCAAUGGCUGCCGAGAUUGAAGAAGAAGAGAAGCGCAGGCAGAAGGCCAAAGAAGCGUUGGCUUCCAAAGCACCUGUGGGAUCUCAACCGCCGUCUUCUUCCCAAGCUGCCAGAACCGAUGAUCAGCUCUGGACAGCGAAGUAUGCUCCCACAUCGAUCAACAUGAUCUGUGGAAACAAGACUGCUGUUGAGAAACUCCAAAGCUGGCUUCAUGAUUGGCAUAAGAACGCAAAAGUCAAUUUCUCCAGGCCUGGAAAGGAUGGUUCCGGGAUUUAUCGCGCCGUCAUGAUCCAUGGACCUCCUGGUAUAGGUAAAACGACCUCAGCGCAUCUGGUAGCCAAAAUUGAGGGUUUCGAUGUCGUUGAAACGAAUGCAAGUGACACAAGAAGCAAAAAACUUGUGGAAAGCGGCCUUGGUGACAUUCUUGACACAACUUCCUUGCAAGGUUAUUUCUCUAGCGAGGGCAAGAAGGUGGAUAGUGCAAAGAAAAAUUUGGUUUUGAUCAUGGAUGAAGUUGAUGGCAUGUCGGCUGGCGAUCGAGGGGGUGUCGGUGCCCUGGCCGCGAUUGCAAAGAAAACCCAUAUACCCUUAAUUCUCAUCUGCAAUGAGCGAAGAUUACCGAAGAUGAAACCCUUCGAUCAUGUCACUUAUGAGCUGCCGUUCAGGCGGCCGACAGCUGAACAGAUCCGAGCCAGGCUAUCAACUAUCUGUUUCAGAGAAGGCUUGAAAAUCCCCCCACCAGUGCUAGAUGGCCUCAUUGAAGGUACAAACUCCGACAUUCGGCAGGUCAUCAAUAUGCUCUCUACUGUGAAGCUUGAUCAGCAUAAUCUCGACUAUGACAAGGGACAACAAAUGUCCAAGGCAUGGGAGAAGCAUGUUAUUUUGAAGCCAUGGGAUAUUGUUGGCAAGAUUCUGAACGCUCAGACAUUUGCUCCCAGCUCCAAAACUACUUUGGGAGACAAGAUCGAGCUCUACUUCAACGAUCAUGAGUUCAGCUACCUGAUGUUGCAAGAGAAUUAUUUGAGAACUAGACCCACACUGGCAAACAACUACCAAGGCAGGGAACAGAAACUCAAGCUGCUAGAAUUAGCAGACAAUGCUGCUUCCAGCAUCAGUGACGGUGACCUUGUUGACCGGAUGAUUCACGGAACACAGCAACAAUGGGGUCUUAUGCCGACACAUGCUGUUUUCAGUUUCGUUCGCCCUGCCAGUUUCGUUUACGGGAACAUGAUGGAGCGCCCUGGUUUCACCAGCUGGCUGGGGCAGAAUAGUAAACAAGGAAAAUUAUGGCGCUAUGUCAAAGAAAUACAGGGCCACAUGCGUCUUCGCGCAUCUGCCGAUCGUGAUGAGAUCAGGCAGCAGUACAUCCCUUCUCUGUGGGAUAAUAUGGUCCGCAGGUUGAUGAAGGAAGGCAAAGAAAGUGUUGAAGAUGUCAUUGAAUUCAUGGACAGCUACUUCCUUACACGGGAGGAUUGGGAUGCACUCGUUGAGCUUGGCCUUGGUCCUAUGGAUGAAUCUAACGUCAAGCUGGAAACACAAACCAAGGCUACCUUCACACGACUGUAUAACCAGCGCUCCCACCCACUGCCGUUCAUCAAGGCCAGCAGCGUCGCAGUACCGAAGAAAAUGCCAAAGGAGAAACCUGACAUUGAAGACGCCAUUGACGAGUCAGACGAGGCCGAGGUUCUUGAUGACGAGGUGCAGGACAACGACGAGAACGAGGAAUUGGACCUGAAGAAGGAUAAGUACGUCCGUUUGCCCAAGAAGGCCGCAGCGAAAGGCGCAGCGAGCAAGGGCAAAAAGGGCAAAAAAACCAAAGCCGACGAUGAUUUUAUAGACGAUGACGAGAAGCCAAAAAAAGGGCGAGGGCGAAAGCCCAAGGCCAAGGCCUAA